AUGCAGGACACAGGCAUGGCUCUGCUGGAAUCGAUAAACGCGGACAUCUACAAUAACGAGUUCUCCAGUGUUAAGUUCGGCAUCCGCUUGAGCUUGGGCUCAUCCGAUAACCACGUGCACGAGAACCUCUUCGAAGAGGGGUCCGACGAACCGACCGACGGGGUCAGCGACGGCCACCCCAGCGAUAACUUGUUCGGGAACAAGAGGAUCUUGAACGCAGCCAAAGGCGUUAAGAUCAAGGAGGGGGACGACGCAGUGAUCACCGGUGAGAAUGAGUAG